AUGUCUCAAGUUCCUAAUAACAUUGAUGACAUUGAGGAGAUUGAGAAUCAGGAGUUUCAGGACCUUCUGAAUAUGCCUCUGCCUGAUAUUCCCGAGGACGAUGAACCUGUCAUGAUCAAUGUUCAAGUUGAAACGACGGGACCAGUUGAAGCUGCUGCUGUUUGUAAGCCUCCAGGAAAAUGUAGGGUAAAUCGAAAGAAGUCUAUGGUAUGGCCCCAUUUCUCUUCUUUUAAUGAUGCAAAAGGUGACGAAUAG